AGGCACCUCAAUCAAAACAAAAGAUUAGACAUAUUCUAAAAAUAUGAAACGACAAGUAUCACCAAGUGAUAGACCAUUAUUGAAACGUUUUAGAGGUUCCUCGCUAGCAUCAUCAGAGAGACAAAUUAGAAAAAUUGGCAAUUACAUUGUUGGACCGGAGAUAAGAGGAAAUACAGCAGGGCCAUUACAAAAUUGCAUUAAAACUUUUCUUGCAAAAACGGAAGACGGAUUUUUUAAGCUUAAAGUACUUACAGUUGAUAAUCCAGAUGACUUUAAACAAUCCAAGGAAGUUGUUCAGGGUAAAAUGUUACUGCAUAAUGAAUUCAUGCUAUUAGAGAACCUCAAGGAAUGUCCUGGAAUUGAACGUUGCUAUGGACUUUUUGUAGAUUUCAUUCAAGAUGAAAAGCCUGGAUCACCUAUGAGAACAAAGAAUCUGCUCAAAAGGAUCACCCUUGUACUCGAUCCAGUUUCGGAUCGUUCUUGUGAAAAUUGGAUGAACAUCAAUGAAGUUAAUUACAACAUAUCACUCCAAGAGUACAUCAGUCGUCAUAAAAUGACUGAAAGAGAAGCUUUAGUGGUGUUUUAUGAAAUUGUUAAAGUUGUUGAAAGAAUUCAUUCUGUUGGCAUUAUUCAUCGCGAUUUAAAAUUACAAAAUUUUUUGAUUAAUCUUAAAACACGGCGUAUAACAUUAACAAACUUUUGUUUGGGUAAAUUGCUUAGUUCUGACAAUCAAAUGUUGCUUGAUCAACGUGGAAGUCCAGCUUAUAUCAGUCCAGAAAUUCUUAAUGGAGCGUAUCGUGGAAAACCUAGCGACGUUUGGUGUCUUGGUGUCAUCCUUCAUAUUCUUAUAUACUCAAAUUUUCCAUUUGUCGAAAACACAACAGCAGCUUUAUUCAAAAAAAUAUCACAAUGUGAACUUGUUCUUCCUAAUGAAGGCGUUCGUGUAUCUGAGCCAACAAAGAAACUUAUUAGAAACCAUUUACUAACGACAAGUAUCGAUCGCUUAUCAGUUACGGAAAUCCGUGAAUAUUUGGAAAGACAAUUUGAGCAAAUAAAUCGUGCUAGCACAAUAUCUACUGCUUCACUUCAAAGAGACGACCAAAUCGUUCCUGACAUCGAUAAUCAACCAGUCAAGUUGAUUUGUCAAGAUCCGCCUUCACCAAAGUUCGAAUUGUCAACUGAAAAUAUCUCAAUGGUUUUGAAAAUAAUGUCGCCAUCAAGUCAACAAGAGCAAAAUAAAACCUUUUUGAAACCAAGCAUGCUUGCGGAACGUUGCAAUCGAAUUUCAGUGUCACCAUCAAAUUCGCCAUCGGGAAAUAAUGUCGGUGUGACAAGAAACUUAACUCGCCAGAUAAACAAUUUGUCAGUUCGAAAUCGACAACAUACAAACCCUGGCUUGUCGUGGCAUCAAAGAAUCAGCAAUUCUAGUUUAUAUGAAGUGAGAUUUCGAGCAGCUGAAUCAACGAUUAUGACAGAUCGUGCAAGAAUGCAGCAAAGAUUCAUAAGUUCAUCAGGAACGACAUCGAGUUUUGAUGCGAUCUACAAUACAUUGAACGAGUUGUAUAGUAAUGGAAAUUUUCCUUCAAAUCCCAUCGUUCAUGAGUUCCAAGGAAACAUAAAUCAGGAUAUUGCAUUAAAACUCUCAAUAUGGCUACGUACGAAUUUUCAUGAUAAUGUUUUGGUAAGAGAAAUUUACCAAUCGUCAGCUCACAGUCCAGGAAAUCAUGUUGAUAAAUUUGUCGAAUUUCUAAGACGUUGUCAUGUUGAAAUGGAAAGAAUUAACGGUCAAGUGUAUGUAAAGUCACAGCAAUCAAAUCAAAUUCUGAUAUUUAUGACUUAUCUCUUGCAAUUAGCUGGAUAUAAUAACAAUUAUUUCCUUAAUAUAACCCGCGGUUCCUAAGCUUAACUUUUUGAAUUCAAUUGAAUUUCCUUAAUUCAAAAACUCCCACGCAAUAAUCACCACUUUUUUUAAAAAAUUAUUAUCUAUUUUUGUUUUUUUUUUUAAUAAAUUAUCCCGGAAGAGAUAAACUGAAAGAAAAUAUUACAAUAAAUAUGCUAACAUCAUGAUGAAGUUGGAA